UUGUUAGUUUAAAGUGAUUCGUCAAAAAGGAAAAAGAUAUCAUAUUCAAAUUAUUUUUCCUAGUAAAUAAAUUAUUGAAGAAAUGUUUAUCAGCCCAAAUUUUCGGCAAACAUAACAGAGCGUCUUGCAGGAAAAACUAUAAGCGUCAUUUUCAAACUUUAAGUUAUACAGUAAGCUGUCUCAACAUUAUUUAGAAAGAAACAGAAAUAACAAACGUUUUAUCUAGCACUUGAUAAUAUUAUCAGCGCAAUCAUUAAGAAUAUAAUUAUGUCAACAAAAUGAAGUCUUUUUGUAAAUAUCGACAAACAUAUAUAAUUUAUAAUUAUCUCACAACUAAGGAACGAGCAUAUCAAAGAAUACAGCUGUGACUUAUGCUUCCUGCCAUAAAAUUGCAUUUUAAUUCGCAAUAUACUUCGUAAUAUACUUUUGUAAUACCGCAAAUAUUGAAAACGAAAAUGAGGUCGAUAAUAUUUCUUGGAGUCGUUCUGAUAUUUACCGUCGCGGUCGAUUGUGGAAAUAUUUCCAGAAAUAUAACGGAUUGCUCACGUGUAUCUGAGAAUUUAAACAUCUCUGAAGUAAUGCCAAUAAAAUAUGAUGUUAGAAUCAUAGUGAGACCAGGUCAAAGAGUAUUGUCAGGCAUCCUGAAUGUCUUGAUUGACAUCAAGAAACCAAUGUCAAACAUAAGCUUACAUGCAGUAACGAUGACACGCGGCUACGAUACUUUUCUUUCAUACGCCACGAAUAUUACGAUGUUUGAUUCAUUUUUAAAGACUGAACUGGGACGUAUAUCUUAUAAACUUUUCAAGUACCAAUAUUGUGACAGAAAGAAUGUUUUAUUUUUGAAGUUUAACGAAACACUAAGUAAAGGAAAAUAUCGUUUAACACUAAUUUAUAGAUCCAUUACAAAUCUUGAUAUCCAGAAUAUCUUUUAUCCAACUACUUGGACUAGCCAAAAUCAAAAAUGGUUGCUCACGAAUCUCUACACACCGCAUGCGAUACGAGGAUUCUUUCCAUGCUGGGACGAUCCGAGAGUAAAAGCAACUUACAACAUCUCCGUCCAGUUUCCUACAGAUUACACAGUUCUUUCAACAAUGUCCGAAAUAUAUUCUUCCUAUGUGGAUCCAGCGCUUACAACAUUUGGGAUAAAAUUCAUACAGUUCAAAGAAUUAAUUUUAAUGCCCACUCAUCUGAUAGCAUUUUUGAUAGUCGGUGAUAUCACGAUGGAUUUUGAUAAACGCGAUAUCCAUUAUAUGUGGCAUAAAAUAGACGCGGGUAAAAGAUUCACUUACUUGCUAGAAAUGGCAGAAAAUGCAACAUGUUAUAUUUUUAUUAACAUGAAAAUAAACUCUUCGUUCAUCUCUCCAAAAAUUAACCAUGUUGUACUUCCAAAUAGUCCCAUGAAGUCAAUGGGUGCGCCUGGUCUUGUUGUUUACAGAGAAAGAGAUAUUUUUUUUGAUGCAGCUUUAGAUUUUCCCGGGCGGUAUCUUGAUGUUAUGGUGUUAAUAACAUACGAAAUGGCACGUCAAUUGUUCCUCGGUGCUGUCAUCCAGUAUUCAAAUGUUGAUUAUGUAUGGUUGAACGAGAUGUUCUCAUCAUUCUUCGGCUAUUAUAUCACAACCAAGGUAUCGACACAACGUCGAACAAUGGAACUGUUCGUAGUUAAAAUUAUUCAGCCCGCUCUAGAUAGUGACACGUUUUUAGAGAGAAAACCUAUUUUAAGCAAGACUAAGAACAGCGGUGGAAUUGAUGCAUUACUUUAUCCUGUCUUGUAUCAUAAGAAAGCCUUCGCUCUAAUUCGCAUGCUGUUCAAAUUAUACAAUACUGAAACUUUCAUCGAGGCUAUUAAGAAAUAUGUACACGAACGUACAAAGGACGUGUGGACUAUAUUGGAAGAAGCUUAUUCUCUAAGAUUCGAAAGUGGCUAUACUGUAAAAGACAUUAUAGAUACUUGGUUAACUGCAAAACAUCACCCGGAACUGUUCAUCCAACGUGAUUAUGAGAAGUGGACUGCAGAUUGUAUUUCAUCGCUUACAUUCAUCGAGGGUAAACCCGAAUGGAUAAUACCUGUUAACUACAUUACGGAAUCUAGUUACGAGUCCUACAAUAUCUCGGAGGUUCUUUGGCUUAAAUGGGGUAAAGUGAAACGUAUUACUGCCAUAAGUAGUGAUGAUUUUCUCAUAGUCAACGCAGAACAAUUGGGAUACUAUCGUGUUAACUACGACACCAGAAACUGGUUAAUGAUAUCGACUUACUUACAAAAGAAAAAUUUCUCACAUAUACCUUCCAUUAACCGCGCCCAACUCAUAAAUGAUGCGUAUUAUUUCACAAUAAAGAAUCAAUUGGAAACUUAUAUCUUCGUCAAUAUCACUAGGCAUCUAAAGUUGGACACGGAUUUUGUAGGAUGGUACCCUAUGUUUAAUAUUUUGUCGUAUAUGUCAAUAUACUUUCAAUUCUCUGAAAGUAAUCGUAUCAAGAGACACUUUUUGGAAAUCCUAGAUGGAGUAUCUACUAUAGUAGGAUUCGAAGACAAUUCAGAGGAUGAUAUCAUGAGGAUAUCGUUGAGAUAUUUAAUACGAAAAUGGGCCUGUAAAUUUGGUCAUUCGGCGUGUCGAGGUGCCGCAUUAGACCGUUUAAUGAAUUAUAUAAAUAUUCAGGAUGAAACACACAAAGUUCCAGCAGUAUCAAAGGAAUGGGUAUUUUGUGAUGCAUUAAAGUUAGAAAAUUUAAAUGUAUGGAAAAAUAUUUUAAAUAGAAGUAUGGUUUACAAUAACAUGGAGCUUCUAAAUUAUUUGUCAUGUACAGAAAAUACAACAAUUAUUAUAUAUUAUUUAACUUUGAUAUUACGGACAGAUCAUUUCUCGGAAAUAAAACAAUCUAUGGGUCCAAUAUGUCGUAAUAUUGUGAAAAAACAUGUUAGGAGAAGCACUGUGCUACGUUUUGUUAUUGACAAUUACGAAAGAAUACAAGUCAGGUUUCCGCAAGAUUUCCCUCCUGGCAUUCUAUUAAGUGAUAUAAUUAUGAACGUGUAUUCGUUGGAUGAUCUCGACAUGGUACAAGAAUUAGCAAGUAAAAGCACUUGGAUUACGGAUGAUAUAUUCAAAGCAUUCGACAUAUUAAUUUCCCAGUGGAAGAAAUACCUAAGAAAUGUUCUGAGCAAGUUUCAAAUGUUUCAUAUCGGUUUUAAAAUACGUUAAGAGGUCAUUAUUAUGGUUUCCCGGGGCAGUGAACAAAUCCACAUGAUGCAAUACAAUCAAAAUAAUUGUCAUACAAUUGCAUUUAUCAUUUAAAAAUGCGUUGCCGAAAAAUAAACUGAAUAAAUAUAUUAAUGAAUAAACGAGAUUUCUAUUAAAGAAAGAACUGAUACAUACAUACUUCGUAAUCGUAGAGUUAUUUAUGUACAUUGUAUUCAAAUUGUUGUUUUUUGUUUUCAUUAUUUAAUAAAUUCUUAUGCAACAAC